AAUAUGAUUUUAAUUUCAGAAAAUGUAAAAAAAAAAAAAAAAUGGCAGAGAACAAGUACACAAAAAGGAGACUGAAACUAAAGCAGAAUUUAUACAAGUUACUCAAAGAGAGAGAACCUGAUGGCAUUCCAAAAGCACAUCUAUGGAACAUCUAUACCAGCAAAGUUGAGAAGGUCAGUGCUGCGUUUUAUGGCACGGGGAAAAUGCACAACCUUCUGGGUGACUUUGGUGACAUGAUUAAUGAAGUAAUGGAGAAUGGAAGGCCGACAGUCCGUCUUGUUGAGGGGUAUAUUCCAGCUGGAGAAGACCCCCCAGAUGUACAGAUAGAUAAAAUAUCAUCAUCUGAGUCAGAGGAGAACCAUACUCAAGCAAAAGAAAUCAAAGAGACAGCUAAAAGUACAGAGGGUACAAACAGUGGAGGCAGAUCUACAGAGGAAGUACUGUACAGUAGAGCACAAUCUACCAGUAGUUCUUCAACAACAUCAAGUGUUCAGCAACCAUUUCAUCCAUUACCCACUCCAAGCUUAGCCUACACAUAUGGACAACCACUCAUACCCACAGCAGGUAUCCCAAUCUUACAACCUACACAACAGCUAGGGGCAGUCACUUCUCUGAUGCCAAGACAGCUUAUGAUGGGAGGUAUUGCAAGACCACAACUUAACACACUGCAGACCAAUAUCUCAGCUGCUGUGGGUCAGUUUUUGGCCCAGGCAAAACAGGCCAGUUCUACAGAGGGUAGGAAUCCUGAGGAACCCUGCGUGGUGUCCUCCAGCAGUGAAUCAGAGAGCGAAUCAGAUAGUGAAGAGUCUGAAGACUCAACAGUCGCAAGCAAUCAAGCUUCAAAAACUCAAAGGAAAAAAGAUGAAUAUAAAUCUAAAAUAGAGCAGACUCGUUCAGUGGUUAAGAAAAAUAUUGUGAGCUUGUUGGCUCAUCAUCCCAAGGGAAUCAAAAAGAGUGAAAUCUGGCAAAAUUAUUAUCAUCAAUUCAAACAACAGCCAAACAAGAUACAAGUGGGAGUUUCACAGCUAACCAAGGUUUUAGACUUGUUUGAUGAUGUAAUUGAAGAAGUUCCAGAUAAUAAUGGAAUUCCCUACAUUCAGCUCAUUAAUAGAGCACCAAGUGGGAGGAGUCAACUGACCCCAAGGUCUUCACGAACCAGCACCCCAGUGAUAGAUCUAACAAAAGAUGAACCAUCCUCAAGUCGGGGUAGCCUUGUGGAUUUGACCAGGGACCAGAGUUCCUCUGGUUAUAUCCCUCUUUUACCCUCUCACCCAACACCAAGCAUAAGAGGCCACCCUGGGGACUUUCAGGUGCAGUCUGCUUACUCUCAGCUCCAGCAAACACCAGGAUUUGUCCUCCCUAGUGCCCCAUCACAGGAUUCUUCCUUGGCAGUUUGCCAGCUGGUGAUCAGGCCUGUCAGUCUUAGGAAAUUUGAACAAAAAGAAACCCAUCUGCCAAGGGUGUGGAAUAAUGACAGGUAUGGACGGUUCAACAAGGACCAAAUUGAAAAUGUCGCCAAGGAGUGCAUCGAGGCCCUUGCCGAAGCAGACGAACAUGUCAGUGUGGAAAGGGUGGAGAGUUUGAUGUUACAAAGACUUAACAGAAGAAACAUUGCUGAGCUGGGUUACUGGCGGUAUGCCAACCAGAUACCCUGUCUAUUUGAACAUAAUAGACUACUCUGCAAGAUUAAUGCAUACAUACAAGCCUUUUUGAACACAAGAUCCAUAUGCACUCUUCAUGAACUGAAGUUAUGCAUGGCUGAAUUUGCUCCAGAUAAGGACAGUUUUGCUGCUCUACAAGUUGGUCCCCUCCAGCGACUCCCAAUCAUCUAUCACAAUUUCAAGUUUCCUACAGACAUGGCUGAUAUCCCAGAAAUCACUACAUCUGAUAUUUUUGAGAAUCUACGGAACUACUUGAAUAAAUACCAAAGGUGGAGCACCAAGAACGAGCUGGAGCCCUUUAUGGAGUACUUGGUAGAGACCUAUAGAGUGGAGAAUGCUUACAUCCUCGGUGUCCGAAUACGCAGCUUACCUCUAGCUCUGCAGGUCUUGAAGAAAUCGCAGAGAGAUGCUGCUGGGACACGAAGAAGAGUCACAGAGGAUACAAAGGAGACCCUGAAACAAGAGAUAGAGCAGGUGUUCCACAGAUUUAAGGCAGUCCUCAUCAACAAGAGAGAUGGACAAGGACAGAUCAGGGAGCACUACCUUAAGAUCCGGCCCACUGAGGCUCUGAAGGAGAUCUUUGAUAAAUACCGAACCUUGUGUAGCUCAGUAGAGGCCCCCGCAAACAAGAUAGAGAGGCGAACCCUCACCAGGUUCACAGAUACCAUUAAUGCUUUCCUUCAAGCAGUCACCGCUGAUAGUUUUGGCCGGAAUCUCUUCCACAUAGCGAUCUGUAGCAGUAAGACUGAGAUAGACACGAUACACAGACAGUUUCUAACUGAGGCCACCAAACCGAAGGAGGUGCCCGUUACUGUGAAAAAGAAACCCCCUCCAACUAAAGAUUCCAUCAUUAAACUUCUAAAGACUUUCCUUGAAAAAUGUCAGAACCAUGGAGCACUUACAUUAAAACAUCUGGACAAUAUUGAGGAAAGAAUUACAGACCAUUUUGAAUUUGAAUCAUUUAUGGCCAUGGGAUAUGGUCGAUUCCUAGAAUUUCUCAUACAGGAAACCAAAAAAGAACUAGAUGACUGUGGAGGCACCAGUUUAGGGACAGGAGGAGGACAUGGUGAUGCUGCCGGGGGUUAUCUCCCUUCCCUUACUCACAUUCUGGAGUUCAUCCACCAGUGCAAACAGAGUAACACUACACAGGAGGAAAAGAUUCAGCAAGCAUUAUGUCACCAGUUCUCUGUGAAGGAGGUCAAACAACUGGGACACGGGACAUCCUCACGUUUGAUUGGUUUAGCUGACAGGCCCGGGAAACAUGUGUCCAAUCAACACUGUGUGGUGUACGAAGCUGCAGUUAUUCCACCAGAAAGUUUUGAGGUGAAAGGUCAGACUGGAAUUCUGGGACACCAGACAAAGGAAGCAGCCCUUGCCUGUUUGAAUAAUUGUCCUCUGUUGGAAAACAUGGCAGAUUGGAGUCAGUGGUCUCUUGUGUUUGAGCCACAGCUGGGGAAGUUACGUGACUUUAUUCAGAAGUACGGAGAAUGCCAAACAUGGCCAGUAGAGGGUGGAUCCAAGAUCAUGAACACAGAUUUUAUAGCUUUGGAGAGAUCUCCUGGUCAGUACCUGAAACUUGUAUCUAGCUCUUCCCCAGAAAAGUUCUGUGUGGCCCUCCGUAACAGAAUAGCUCGUGAUGUGAGUGGACACCUCAUGUCAAUGGUGGUCCAGAAUAAAGGUGUGGAGAACACCCCAGUAGCUCUGCUGGCUAAUCAUGUCAGGGAGGAACUCUUCAAAAUGCAUGGGGAAGCCUCCAAAGACAGUGUGCCAGGGGCACCAUCGAGUUGUCAGCCAGCAGAAACUGCUGUACACUUUAUUCUGGAAUGUUUGUCAAUUUUACCUGUCAAAACCUGCUCUGUUUUGGCUUCACAGAUGUUUCUGGACCCGCUUGGUCAGGUGAUAGGACAAUCUAAAUCUAAGACCAUGCUCCUCCAGUCAUGUGUGACCUUGACCCAGUUAAGCCGGCUCCAGCAGCUGGGCUGCCUCCUGGGCGUGGCUGAGUGGAUGGACAGUAUCCACGCUCGCUGUCAACCGAUGCCCUCUUCUCUACAAGAGGUGGCUCCAGAGGUUGCUGAAGAGUUCUUCAAAGAUGAGCCUGAGGUCAUUGAAGAAAGUGAAGAUGAGGAAGACUCUUCAUCCUACUUGUCAGACGUGGAGUUGGAGACGGAGGUCAAAGGUCAGGAGGAAGAUGAGAUGAUUGUGGUGGAUGAGUGCACAGAAAUGGAAGAUGGAGAUGUUACAGAAGAUACAAAAACAAAAGAAGCCAGCAUUGAUCUAACUGUAAAGUCGGAGGACACUGUCAUUGAUCUGCUGUCUCCUGAGAACAUUACAGAGGAAGCAGCAUCGACAGUUACCAAGGAGACAGAUAUAGAGCAGACGUGUCGGGGAAUUGUCAAUCAGAUCAGGAGGGAGGAGUUUGGGAUUGGGGUGGAGCUAAAUGAAGACGGACAGAGACUGAUGAGAGUCCAGCAGGAGAGACUGGGGCGGAGCCUGGACAGACUGUCUAAAGAUCUCUACAGCAAGGACACACACUUUGUACUGGAACUGAUUCAGAAUGCAGAUGACAACAGUUACCCUGAUGACUUACAGAAGAACAAUUGUCCAUCAGUCCAGUUCAUAAUGAAACCAGAUGGGGUAGUGAUUCUGAACAAUGAGACAGGAUUCCAGGAGAAGAACAUCCGUGCUCUGUGUGAUGUGGGGAGGAGUACCAAGGGCAAGCAUAAGGCUGGGUACAUAGGUCAGAAAGGCAUUGGAUUUAAGUCGGUAUUCCGUGUGACAGAUGAACCAGAAGUCCACUCUAAUGGCUUCCACAUCAAGUUUGAUGUUCAGUCGGGGCCAACAGGCUAUAUCCUCCCACACUGGGUGGAAGAAGACAAAUGGCAGGAGGGGGAGGGCUGGAUGACAAAAAUAGUUUUACCAAUAAAAGAUUCCAUGAAGUCCCAAAUGCGAACACUUGCAGCUAGGUUUCAUGAUAUCCACCCCUCUCUGCUGCUGUUUUUGAAUCGCCUGCGACAGAUCACAAUUGAGAAUCGCGUGGAAGAUGUCGUGCAGGAGAUAAGGAGGAGAGACCUCGGAGAUAACGUGGUGGAGAUCAUGGAAAACAGCAAAGUGGAGAGGUGGCUGGUGGUCAAGAAACGACUGGACGCCUCGACAAUAUCAUUACAGGCCAAAUCAGGGGUAGAGGUAGAAUCAACAGAAAUAGCUCUUGCCUUCCCACUCAGACCAGCAGGACAAAAGAAAGACAGCAAAUUUGUUCCACCAAAGCAGCCAGUGUUUGCUUUUCUUCCUCUCAGGAGUUAUGGAUUUCGUUUCAUCAUUCAAGGUGACUUUGACGUUCCGUCCAGUCGUGAGGACGUGGAUCGGGACAGUUCCUGGAACCAGUGGCUUCGUAACGAGCUCCAUGUCCUAUUUAUAGAAGCUUUGGAAGUAUUCAAGAAUCAUGCUGACUUCUCCAAUGUGGAGGCUGUGACUUCCUUCUUACAGUUUGUCCCUGUGGAGGAUGAAAUCAUUGAUUUCUUCAGACCGGUAGCCAAUCAAAUUCUCCAGAAACUACGGGCCAAACAGUGUGUCCCCACUCAACCCAACAGCAAGGGCAAAUGUUCAUGGAAGAUUCCCUCCCAGACUGUGACUGUAAAAGACCCUUUAGUCCUAGAGGUUGUGACCCCUGACCUUUUGAAGGACACUCUUAAUCUGUUUUACCUUCAUCGAGAUGUGGCAGCCAUGUUAAAUUCCUCCUUGACCCUGAGUCUGGGUAUAGAGUCUUUGAACACAGAACACCUGCUACUGAUAGGAAAGUCAAUGCUACAGCAGUGGUCAGCCAGUCAGGAAACUACUGAUACAGAUGAAAGUGUUCUGAUGACAGCUAAGUGGAUGGCCUGUGUCUACAGGAGCCUGGAUGAGUUCUCAGAUAACCAGUCUGUGUAUGACACACUGAGGGCCAUGAAGAUCAUACCCCUGGCCUCCCUCCAGAGACAGUGUACUAAUGACAGCACCAUCUUCUUCCCACUGUCAGAAAACACAGGAUCUAGUCAAAAUGACCCUAUGAUGAUUCUCCAGCAAGAUUUGAACACCAUUCACCCCCUCUUGGUUUCUACUGCUGACAGUGAGGUGAAUUCUCAGGUACAAAAGCUUCUGCUGAAGAUAGGGGUGUGUCAGCUGUCCCCCAGGGAAGUCAUCUGCCAACACAUCAUGCCCACUCUCAAGUCAGAUGCCUGGAAGGACAAGAAGGAGAACAUUUUGAUUAGUUACAUAGUCUACAUAAAAGAGCAGAUUGAACUGGAUCCCUCACUUCUAAAUGUGGAAGAGUUAGGGAUGUCAGCCAUAUUGAAAACCAACAAAGGUCUGCAGAAUCCCUCCCAAAGUCCCAUACACUUCCCACCAGUGUACAAAAACAAUAUCGAUCUACAGAAUGUGUUACCAGGAUAUGAAUGGAUUUUAUUGGAUCCAGUUUACCUGCGGAGCACCCGAACUCUUGUUGAACUCCAAAAAUGGCGAGACUUCUUCAUUAAAAUUGGGGUGACUGACUUCAUAGCAGUAAAGCAAGUCAAAGUGGAGAUAUCAGCAGAAAACAUCUCAUCCACUCCUUGGGCUCCACUUCAAGAGGUUGUAGGUACAGUACAAGAGGGAAGUUAUAUUGAGGACUGGUCUUCUACAGAACUGCAGGAACUGAUCCAGAAGAACAGCAAAAUGUCCACCUAUCCCCAGCAAAUGAGGACCCUCUGUGUCCUCCUGGCAGAAAACUGGGACAGACACUUUUCCAAAUUCACAUCCACUUCCCUAUACAGUAAGACUGGGGGACGUAUGAGGGAUAUGGAGACAUCCUUUAGCAUCCUGCUGAGAACUGCUAGCUGGUUGCCAGGUUCACAGACAUGUCUGAGUGUUGAGAAUGAUGCUAUAAUUGUGUCAGAGAAUUUGUUGAUGAUGCAGCCUUCCUGUUUGUAUUUACCAUUGAAGGAAAUAACAGACCUGUUGGCCCACUCUGUAAUUUACAUCAGUGUGCAGAUCCCACACAAUAGUUCUUUUGGACAGUUUUUACAAAUUAAAAAAAGUGUAGGAUUACAAGAUCUGAAAAAGUUCUUGACUGACUGGGGAAAAAGAGACUCAGAGCAAACACCAAAAAUAUUCAUCACCACCAAAUAUCACAUCAGCAAUGUGUAUUUAUGGCUUAGUAAUCAGCUGCCUCCAAUAGAAACCCAGGAACUACUCCAGAAUCACCCAGUGAUCUUUGUGCCAGAUAAACCUAUGCCAGUCAGGUUUGGUCCUGGUACUGGGGUCAUGAACCAGAGGUCACCAGAAGAUCUUCAGGCUGGUAGGAUGUUAAAUAGUAAGGAAGUGUGGUGGUCUGAUCCAACAGGACUGAUAAUGAAGCAUUGUGAGAUCAUUCAGGAUUACCACUCAGAGCUAAACAAGAAAGCCAUACUCUUUGACACUUACGGACAGUUUCCAGAUCUAAAAAUGUUGUUCCAGAACACUGGAAGAAUUUCCAUGGAGCCCAGUAUGUUGGAGUAUGGUGAGUUACUGGUGCUGAUGGGACAAGUUCUAAGCCUGUCUGAUAAGGCUGUCUUGUCAGAUGCUCUCAAGCUGUACAUGACCAUUGGAGGGAAACUUAGCCCGGAUGGAUCACAGAUGGCAGUUCAGACAAGGAUGAAUGUACUGGAGAUAGAAAUAGUAGCACUUAAAAAGAAAUUACAAGGACAGAAGAUUCUCGCCACAACGCACAGUAAAUGGGUAGGUACUGAGGAUCACCCCAUGAUAGCAGACAAUAGGGAGUUAGAGAAAAUGUUUGAGAAAAAGGACCAAGUCAACUUUGUUGUACUGGAGGAUAGAUCUCCUCAGCCCAAACGAGGAGGAACAGCAGUGCUGGAUCGGAACUUGGGAGAUAAAAUGAUGCCAUUCUAUGACUUUUGUGGUGUAAAGAAGCUAUCUGAUUGCACCGAUAUUCAAGUGAUCCCUGAAAUGCUUGAACCAUGUCCAGAACUUCAGUUGUAUGUGUGUAGAGCUGUCCCAUUGCUUCAGCGAUUCCUCUACAAGUUAUACCCAGACAUCUAUCAAGAACUUCAGAACCAGAAUAUUACUCAACGCCUGUCAUCCAUGCAAUUCUUUAAGGUGAAAAGUUUAGAAGUGAGAUACUCUUUGAAUCACACACCUGAUGUUUUUAUCCUGAGGAAAGAGAAAUGUGUGCAGACAGAGAGUACCUUCUACUUCCACAGGGAUUUUACAGAGUAUUAUCAAGACAUAAACAAAGAAGUUGCCAAGCUGUUCUCCAACUCACAGGAUAGAUGCUUCAAAGACUUGAGGGCUUUUCUAAAUGAGAUAAUCACAGCACUUACCAAAGAGCCACACACCCUGGAGGAGAUAAUGGACCAGAAUGACUGUGAACAGCUUCCUGUAAAUGAACCUGUUUGGUCGGUUCCUCCACCAAUCUUCCAGGUUCCAGUGCUAGCUGAACCAGAAGAAGAGUUUUGGCCUGAGGAGGCAGCUGUCUCAGGAGAAGGAAGGUCAGACAGUAAGCAGACAGAGGAGGGAGAUCAGGGGCUGAAAGCUUGGCCACCAAUGUCUAACACUCAGGGACCAGCUCAAAACAAAGUUAGAAAAGAAAAGGAAGAUAAACCUGCCGAGUCUAAAGUAUGGCCACCUCCAAAGGCUCCUGAUUAUGUGAAGAGUGUCAGAGAAUUGCCCAGUCAAUUCAAGGUCACUGAUGAAAGGAAGCCCUCUGGUGGUGAGGAAACAUCCUAUUCUGUCAAGGGAGAUAAAUCUUACGGAGGGGGAAUUACAACACAUGAGAGGACAGAGGGACAGUCAUACAACAGGCAGGAUGGUGGUGAAGGGAGCAGACAGGGCAGUGGGGAGGGAAGAAGGCUUGAGAGACAGGACAGUGAAGGAAAGGGAACAAAGAGAAAGAUAUCAGAAAAUGAGACAGAAUCAUCAGGAGAUAACAAAAGAACAGUGCCACCUGGUGAGGAAAAAGAACAGGGACAAGAAGUGUCAGGUUAUAAAGGAGAGGGCACUACAGCGCCAUCUAGUGGAAGCAGUAAGUCAGAGGACACAGGAACCCAGCCAAGAGAGAUUACAACAGCAGGGGAAAAGUUUCAUCAUGGAGAAGGUCAGGAACAUGGAAAUGUGGAGAGUAUAAGAAAUGAAGAUGGAUCAGUGACCCACAAGCCAGGAGGAAAACGGCGGCAUCCCACCGACAGUAGUCAAGGGUCACCAAGGGUUCCAGAGUCUAAGAGAAUUCUAAUGGAUCACCCAGCUUGGACUGAACUAGCCAGUGAUUACACUUAUGAAGAGCUAUGCCAAGGUUCCAGUCUGAAGGCCCCACCAGAGAUACCUCUUGACCUUGACCAGGAUGAGUCAAAUUUACAAGAAAUAGGUCGCUGGGGGGAACACCUGGUCCAUCAGUACCUGUUAGAGCAGCAGGAGGGGGACUCAGACAUUAUAGAGGUCAAAUGGUGUAACAAGGAAAAGGAGCAGGGCACUCCUUAUGACUUUGAAUUAUCACGGAGGACAGAAGAUGGAGUGAUUAAAACUUUUAUAGAGGUCAAGACGACCUUGACUGAUGAUAAGGAUGUGUUUGAGAUCUCUUCCCAGCAGAUUCAAUUUGCACAGGAGCAGCGUGAGAAUUUCCACAUUUACCGGGUGUUUAAUGCGGGGGACCUGGAGCGGGUGCGAUUGGUCAGGAUUGAUCAUCUCUGUCUCAGGCUGGACCAGAAACAGGUCAGACUGUGGAUGAUGAUUUAGGUCAAAAAUAGGCGAGUGUUCGACGUGAUCUCUUGUUUCAUUGCUCUUAUUGCUUUUCAAGAACAGUUGGAACCUGUGUGCUCCUGAUGUGGCAGCAGUAUAACAAUAAACUCUUUUGAAAAAGAACUUGACUCACAUUCACUUAAACCUCACUGGAAAAUCUAAAAAUUGCUGUAUCAUAACCUGGUAGUCAUGAUGAGUAAGUUUUACAUGACAUGUUUUUGACAUAUUUACUGGUACUCCGUAUAGUUACAGUAUUUUUUUUUUUAAUAAAUUUUUACAUCAUGUUAGAUAUGUUUUAUUGUUUGAUUUUCGUCACUUGAUAAUGUAGAUUGUUGCUAGGUUCUAGAAUUUUGUGCACUUUAAAUUUUUUCAAUUAGCAUACCAGUUUUUACAUACGAUCUGUGGUUGUAAACAUUGUUACAGUACAUAUUUAUUUACUGAAAUGCAAAAGAAACGCAACAAGCAGUAAUCUAUAAAUGUUUGAAUUUUUUAUCUAAUGAUUUUCAAAAAAGAAUACAUUAAGGCUAAACUCACUUUUUAGAACAUCAGAGAUUUGAUAAAAAUUUUAAAUGUUUAUCUUUUAAUUUAGCUGCCAUUCAAUUACAAUGUGAAAGACUGCCCUAAACAGCAAUAGCAGCUUAAUUUCUACGAUAUAAUAGGUUAAUCAACAUCGAGAACUGAGCGAAGGAAUUUUUCAUUGCCUGUUUUUUAGAUGAUUAGGUCGAAUUUUCUUUAAUUUAGCACAUUGUAGUAACCCUUGGACUUCCAGUCCUAAGACUAUCAUUUAUGCAUAUGACACAUAAGACCCCCUUGAGGCAUAAUAUAGUGUAUUUUUGCAUCAUCAAUUCUCCAUCACCUUUUCUUUGAGAUUUUCCAGCUAGAUCGAGCCAUGGAAAUGCUUAUUUAUGCCAUUUUCAAGAAGCCUUAGCAUCUUUACGGGAAACGAAAGGAGAUUUUAUUUUUUGAACAGUACAUACUCUUAAAACUCCAUAAUAUUGCCAAAUGUUUUGUUAAACAUGCAAUUUUUGAUUUCUGUUAAACAGACUCAAACCCGACUUCUGGUUAUGGUAUGAAAAUCAUUCAACCGUUAAAUUACCGAUAUUUGCAAUUUGAAGAUAUCCAUAAUUUUAAGAUACAAAAUUCUUUACUUUACAUAAUCAUUUCCCCGUAAAGUAGGGUGUUUCAUUUCUUUUGCGUUUCAGUAUAAAAGUGCCAUAUUAUGUGUGAAUGAUAUAAGUGUACACUGCAUUAUUGUCACAGACAUCUUUCAUGAAAAAAGUCUCCUGGUUAACUUAGGCAUUCUCAUCUAAAAUUGCAAAGUACAAGGUUAUUCAAAGGAGAGUUGGGGGGGGGGGGGUUACCGGCAUAAAGGACUUUAAAAUUCUCAGGAAUUCCUUAUUGACAGGGUGUAGUGGACUUUACAGGAUUAGUUCUGUGUAUCCCAUGUUUUAUUUCUGUAAUACUGACCAGAUCAUCAGGGACCAUAGCUUUUAGGUAAAUUGUUCAUAUACAUACUGCACACACAGGUUCACCAAACAUUCUUCUUUCACCUUUAUAACUUGAUUCAAUCAAAUUUAUAUUGCCAUGUUUAAGCCAUUUUUCAUGAUGCUUAAUAGUAAGAAAUCUCAUGCAAAUGCAACUUUCUUUUUUUUCACACCCAAACUUAGAAGUGUUAUUAUACUUCUGUGAAUUAAAUUUGAAAAGCUUCAGCAACACAUAUGAAAUAUACAUGUGGUGUCGUUUAUUGUGUUUGUCAGUGCAAUACUGUAUUCAUGUACUUCAUAGCAUUAUUUGUUUACUUUUCUAAAAAUAAUGAUUGGCAGUAUAUCUAAUCAAACUCAUGUGAUUAAUAAAUACAUCAUGAACUUGA